AUGCCCGCCAAUGACGCGGAGACCAUCCGGAUUCUCGUCUCCACCGACAACCAUGUCGGGUACAAUGAGAGAGAUCCCAUUCGGGGUGAUGACAGCUGGAAGAGCUUCCACGAGGUGAUGUGCCUCGCCAAGGAACUAGACGUCGACAUGGUGCUGCUGGCGGGCGACCUCUUUCAUGAGAACAAGCCGUCGCGCAAAUCCAUGUACCAGGUCAUGCGCUCGAUUCGAAUGAACUGUUUUGGGGACAAGCCUUGCGAGCUGGAGAUGCUCAGCGAUGCCAGUGAGACCUUCCAGGGCGCAUUCAACCAUGUCAACUACGAGGAUCUGGACAUGAACGUGGCCAUCCCCAUAUUUUCGAUCCACGGGAACCAUGACGAUCCCUCGGGAGAAGGACAUCUGGCAGCGCUCGACCUGCUACAGGUGUCUGGCCUGCUCAACUACUACGGCCGGACUCCGGAGUCAGAUAAUAUCCAGAUCAAGCCGGUCUUGCUGCAGAAGGGCCGCACCAAGCUCGCCCUCUAUGGCAUGAGCAAUGUCCGUGACGAGCGCCUGUUUCGUACCUUCCGGGAUGGCAAGGUCAAAUUUUUCCAACCGUCCGUUCAAAAAAGUGACUGGUUCAAUUUGAUGUCGGUGCACCAGAAUCACCAUGCCUACACAGAGAAGGGGUAUCUUCCUGAAAACUUUCUGCCCGAGUUCCUCGAUCUCGUCAUUUGGGGCCAUGAGCAUGAAUGCUUGAUCAACCCUCGACUCAAUCCAGAAACAAAAUUCCACGUCAUGCAGCCGGGAUCGUCAGUCGCCACGUCUCUGGUCCCGGGCGAGGCCGUGCCGAAACAGGUUGCGAUCCUGAGUAUUACAGGCCGGGAAUUUACGUCGGAGCCCGUUCGAUUGAAAUCGGUGCGGCCAUUUGUGAUGCGGGAGAUCGUGCUAUCCGAAGAGAAAGGGGCCCAAAAGCUUGCGCGCAAGGAGAACAACCGCACCGAAGUGACACGGUUCCUCAUGUCGAUUGUUGAGGAAUUAAUCGAAGAAGCCAAAGCAGAGUGGCGGGAGAUGCAUGGUGAUCAGGUUGACGAGGCAGAUGACGAGACCCGCGAGAUUCCUCUUCCCCUCGUGCGGCUUCGUGUUGAGAUCUCAACCCCAGAGGGUGGGAGCUACGACUGUGAAAACCCGCAACGAUUCUCGAAUCGAUUUGUGGGUAAAGUUGCCAACGUCAAUGAUGUGGUCCAGUUCUACCGAAAGAAGAAGAAUGCAAUCUCGCGAAAGGGUAACGACACCGUCGAUGAGGCGAAUGUCUCCCACCUGUCGGCUCUAGACACCGUCAAGGUGGAGCAGCUGGUGCGCGAGCUUCUUUCGGCACAGUCGCUGAGUAUCCUCCCCCAAAACUCAUUUGGGGAUGCCGUGGCCCAGUUCAUCGACAAGGAUGAUAAACAUGCAAUGGAAAUGUUUGUGAACGAUUCCCUUGAGAGCCAGGUGAAACAUUUGAUGGCCCUGGAUCGGGAUGGUGACGAGAUGGAUGAUGAGGAGAGAGCACAGAGCUCCCUAGUCAACGCUAUGGAGAAGUACCGCACCCAGAUGGAAGAAUUGUUCACCAAAGGGGUUAAAAAACGGACCCGCGGCAAGAAACGAUUCAAACCCAAGCCUGACGGCUGGGACACCGAGUUUGAUGGCGUGUGGGAGGACCAGCCCGGUGCGCUCAUCCACUCAGACAACGAAGGUGGCGAUCCUGCAGAGGAAGAAGCAGGUGAAGAUGGAACUGCACCAGCCCGGAGUCGAACCACAACGACAACCUCGACUCGUGGUCGCGGCAGAGGCCGUGGAGGUCGCGGUGCAGCUGCUGGCAGCCGAGGCGCAGCCAAAGCCACACCUGCGUCUACCACUCGAGGCCGCAAGAAAGAAGUAGUCUCCGAAUCCGAGUCCGGGGGAGAUGAUGAUGUGAUCAUGAUUGACGACGACGAUGAUAACGGGGUCAACGCCGUAUCUGAGGACGACGACUCCCAAGCGUUGUUUGUCAAGCAACCGCGCGCUGCCACCAGAGGAACACGCAAAGCCGCGCCCACCAGCACAACCACUACGCAGCGCCGCGGCGGACGCGUGGCGGCCUCGCCCGCACCAUCCUCAGCGACCGUCGGAGGGACGGCCACUCGCCGAGGCGCUGCUCGAUCCGCCAAGCCAGCCCAGACAAUGCUCAAUUUCUCCGGCUCGCAGGCCAGUGCACCUCGUUCAACGCGGAGGUCCAAUGUUAUCAGCGACAUUGAUGACGAUGACGACGACGAUGCCUUUGAGCCGAUGGUCAGUUCCAGCUCCAGACGGCGGUGA